UUUUUUUUCCUUGUGAUGAAUGUUACGCAUGACUUAUAAAUAAUAUGUAUGUGCGUAAAUUUUUGUAAAAAUUGAUUUUAAAGUAGCACCAAAUUGAAUUUACCCUGUAUUUCGGGGUUUAACCUUCUCGAGAUUGGGCGGAUUUCAAGCAAGUUUGCAAAAUUUGAGGUGCCUGUUAGUGUUAAAGGUCCUGUCAGCGGUGAAGUUGCGACUGAUAAUUGCAAAAAUAACGUCGAUUCUGUGAUAACCAUGAACAACGAUGCUUCUAUCGAUCGCCCGGAAAAUAGAAACAUGACCGUUUCCUCUACCGAAGAAAUGGAAACUGAAGAGCAGCCCAUUGACAGCAUAGAUGAAAGAAUAGUUGACUCGACCGAGGGAAACAAUGAUGCAGAUGUUCCAUCUAAUCAUGACUAUUCAUCAGAUGAUGAUGAAAGUCGUUCAGAGGCCACGUUUAGAUACACAGUACACAACAUUUCUAGGCUUAAAGAAACUAGUCUCGGUCCACCUUGUUAUAUAAGAAAUUUGCCUUGGAAAAUAAUGAUUAUGCCGAGAAAUAGCAUGAAUACUCCAGACAAACAUGCCCCAAAGAAUCUUGGAUACUUCCUGCAGUGCAAUGGAGAGACUGAAUCUCAAACCUGGUCCUGCAAUGGUGUGGCAGAUUUGAAAAUCCUAAGCCAGAAACCCGAUGGAAAACCACUUGUCAGAAAAAUUCAGCAUCUGUUUUACAGUAAAGAAAAUGACUGGGGCUUCAGUAAUUUCAUAACCAUGAAUGAAUUGCUGGAUCCUGAAAAAGGAUAUGUGAAAGAUGAUUCAGUUACCUUAGAAGUUACUGUCAAAGCUGAUGCUCCUCAUGGUGUUAGCUGGGACUCAAAGAAGCACACAGGUUGUGUGGGCUUGAAGAACCAAGGAGCUACAUGCUACAUGAACUCACUACUGCAAACACUUUUCUUCACCAAUCAGCUCAGAAAGGCAGUGUACAUGAUGCCGACAGAAAGCGAUGACUCAUCGAAAUGUGUUGCGUUGGCACUGCAACGUGUCUUCUACGAACUGCAGUUCAGUGAUAAGCCAGUUGGCACUAAGAAGUUAACAAAAUCGUUUGGCUGGGAGACUCUUGACUCUUUCAUGCAACAUGACGUACAGGAGCUGUGUCGAGUGUUGUUGGAAAAUAUGGAAAGCAAGAUGAAGGGCACAUGUGUUGAUGGAACAAUUCCAAAGUUAUUUGAAGGAAGAAUGCUGUCGUACAUUCGUUGCAAGCACGUUAACUACCUAUCCUCUAAAACAGAAGCAUUCUAUGACAUACAACUGAACAUUAAAGGAAAAGCAAACAUAAUCGAGUCCUUUAAAGACUACAUAACAGUCGAAACGUUGGAUGGUGAUAACAGAUAUGAUGCUGGUGAUCAUGGUCUUCAGGAAGCUGAGAAAGGAGUGAUAUUCAUAUCGUUUCCACCCGUUCUGCACCUGCAGCUCAUGAGGUUCCAAUAUGAUCCCAUGACUGAUAACAAUGUCAAAGUCAACGACAGGUUUGAGUUUCCCGAGUUGUUGCAGUUGGAUGAAUACUUGCAGCCACAGGAACGAAAUCCCAAGGAUCCUGCUGACUAUGUCCUGCAUGCUGUCCUUGUUCACAGUGGCGACAACCACGGCGGCCAUUACGUCGUCUACAUCAAUCCUAAAGGAGAUGGCAAGUUGUGGUUUAAAUUUGAUGACGAUGUGGUGUCGCGAUGUAAGAAGAAUGAAGCCAUCGAGCAGAACUUUGGAGGCCAAGAGGAUGAAGUUAUCAUGAGACAGUGUACCAGUGCUUAUAUGCUGGUCUACAUCAGGAAAUCCCAUGUUGAAACAGUGUUGGCUCCGAUCAGUGAAGAUGACAUUCCUGAAUCCUUGAAGAGCAGAUUACUUGAAGAAAAGAACCAGGAAGCCCUGAAAAGGAAGGAACGCACAGAAGCGCAUCUGUACAUGCAGGUACAAGUUCUGCUUGAGGAUACAUUCGAUGGUCACCAAGGAAAUGAUCUCUUCGAUCAAGAUCACGUACACUACAGGAUAUUCCGAAUUAAAAAGACAGCUUCCUUAUUAGAGUUCCUUAAUAUCAUCGCCUCUAGUCUGAAUUUUUCCGUAUCACAAAUACGCCCGUGGCCCUUCAACGCUAGGACCAAUUUAACCUUCCGACCCGUUGCCAUUGACAUUGAACAUGAAAAGCACAGAUCUAUCCAUGAAAUAGCUGAGAAUGAUAAUCCGUGGACUGUGUUCAUCGAGACUGUUAAUCCUGGUGCUCCUGCUCCAUCACUGCCUCACUUUGAGAAGGAAAAUGAUGUGCUGCUAUUUUUAAAGAAGUAUGAUCGCAAAACAAGGAGCAUCACCUACUGUCAACAUGUAUAUAUGCCAAUCAAUGCUGUUAUCAAUGAAAAAUUGUUGCCGAUAUUAUGGGAGCGAGGUCACAUGGAACCAGGUACUCCAAUCCUACUGUUUGAGGAAGUGAAGCCUGGUAUGGUUGAAGAGGUUGCUCAUUUGGACAGGCCACUAGAGAAGACGCUGGAUGAGUUGAUGGAUGGGGAUAUACUUGUCUUCCAACAAGCUGAUCAAGAAGCUCUUAACUCUAAAGACGAAUAUGCCAAUGCAAAAGGAUAUUUCAAGGAGUUAUUUAAUCGUACUGAAGUAACCUUCUGCGAUCGCCUCAUUCCAAAUGACCCCGGCUUCACACUCCAGCUUUCCUUGAAGAUGAACUAUGAUCAGAUGGCGAAUGCCGUGGCCGAGUACCUCAACACAGAUCCAUACAUGCUGCAGUUCUUCAAAUCUCAAGGCUACAGAGAUUCUCCUGGCAACUCCAUAAAAUGUGGCUAUGAAGGUGCCUUGAAGGACAUCUUUCAAGGAUUUAAACCAAAGCAACAAAAAAAAAUAUACUACCAGAAGCUGAGUAUAAGAAUUGAUGAGCUGGAAAAUAAGAAACAGUUCAAGUGCUCCUGGUUCAACCAUAUUACCAAAGAAGAUAAAGAAUUGGUUCUGUACCCAAACAAGAAUGGCUGUGUGAAGGAUCUGCUGGAUGAAGCUAGGAAGCAUAUUCAUUUGCAUGAACAUGGCUCGGGAAAGUUGAGAUUGUUGGAUAUAGUCUCAUACAAAAUAAUGAAAGAGGAGAAGGAUGAUUCGCUGCUUGAUUGCUUGAACACAACCAGUGCAAAAGUCUACCGCAUUGAUGAAAUCUCAAUGAAGGAGAUGAAUCUUGCCCCAGAUGAAUUUAUUGUUCCAGUAGCUCAUUUCCACAAGGAAAUCUUUUCGACGUUUGGAGUUCCGUUCUUCAUACAUCUAAAAAAUAAAGAACCAUUCAGUAAGGUGAAGGAAAGAAUACAGAAGAAGUUAGGCGUACCUGAUAAAGAAUUUGAAAAGUUCAAACUAGCGAUUGUCGUGAUGGGAAGACAUCGAUAUGUUGCAGAGGAUGAAAUUGUAAAGGCUGAAGAUUUUCAAGCUGCACACGCCGGCAACCCUGGAAGCCAAGGUUCGCGCCCCUGGCUUGGUCUCGAUCAUGUAAAUAAAACGCCCAAGGACAACAAAUACAGCAUCGAGAAAGCUAUCAAAAUUCAUAACUAAUAUUAUGAUCACUUUCUUGCGUUAAAUUGUUUGAAGAAUGUCGUUGUCAAUAAAGCUCUUUUCUUUAAUUUAUUGUAAUAAAUAUGAAUAAAUAUGUGUAUAUAUAUAUAUAUAUCUGUGCGUGUAUAAAUAUACAUAUAUUUGUAUUACGUUUGCGAGUCGGUGCGCUUGCGUAUAGUAUGUAUUUAUGUAAUGUGUACUUGUGGGUUUUGCAAGCGUGUGCAUUUUAUGUACGUUGAACAUCAAUUAAGUAACUUCUUCCACGUACACUUACAUCAAGAUUAAAUUAUCGCCGAUUAGUGUAUUUUUCGAUUUCACUGUGAAUGGCUUUUAAACCAGAGAAUAAAUAUAAAAUUUUGUUUCAUAAGUCUAUCUAUCAGAUGAUAUUUAUGGCCACUUUGCAGGCGUGUGUGAUGACAUUCAUUUAAAAAUAAACAAUUAGAUUGUUUAGUAAGCAAUGCUUCAUUACUGUGUCUGUGUAUAUUUCUGCAAGUACAAGUAUAUUUAUGGUCUUCAAUUUAUUGAAGCUAUCGUUAUCAAAAUUAGAAAAUUUUAUUUUGACUGGUAAUAACAGGCUGGUAAUAAUUAAUGUGAUAAGGAUGAUUAAUUCUAGAUGUCUCGGCAUUCAUUCAUUCUCGGCACGUUUUUAUUGUGUUCAUUAAUGAAAGAUUUAUUAGAUUAAUUUCUGAUCAAUUAUUAUUUUAGGCUCAUUUGAUUUGCAUCAAUUCAAAGUUUUUUAUUUUCAUAAUAGAUUUUUUAUCUCUCAUAACAACAUGUAGGUUUGUGUGCAGACGAAAUUUUUAAUAUAUUUCACUAAUGAUUUUUAAAAAUAAAAAGUACACUGAAUGAUGUUA